CUUCACUCUUCGGCUCUCAAAACCCUAGUCCUUUUUCCCCCAAUCGCCAAAUUUCGAUUUCUCUCGGGACCCGUUUCAGUGCAAUCGGAGAUCCGAGUCCUCAUACGCUCAUCCCCGUCGCCGAUUCCCCAGAUCCGCAACCGAAACGACGCCGGAUUACGCAGCUCUAGGUCUGAGGAGUGGGUGACUCCGACUUGUGUUUUCCAUGGCUUCGCGCAACCAGAAUAGGCCUCCCCGUAGCCCCUCUACUAAGAAGAUUGGCGGUGACGAAGUUCCGUUGGACAAGAAGAGGAGGUUGACAGGAAAAGCAGACAGUCAGAGUAGCAUGGGGCGACCACGACUGCCAUUGAAGUCUGUUAACAAGAGGCAAGAAGUUGGAGCUGCCAGUGAGACUGCCAGCGUGGAGGGUUCAGAGUGCAGCGAGGCUGAGAGAGAGUUCACGAAAGAAGAAGUCGAGGAGUUGUUGAACAAGAAGUAUAUAGAGAAGAAGUUUGAUCACAAGGGGAAUGCUCAACAACGAGCUGCAUACCAUAAAAACCUAAAGGAUUGCAUUAAAUGGUACCAGAAGGUCGAGAAAGCACAUCUUCUUGAGGUGGAAAGGCUUCAGAAUUUAUUGAAUGCUUCUGAAAAGAAGUGCACGGAUACAGAGGAAAAGAUGAAGAACAUGGUUGAUGAACUCAAUGCCAUAAAUUUGAAGUUAGCUACUCUAGAAGAGAAACUCGCAAAGGAAGAAUCAGACAAGAUGGAUGCAAUUCGUAGUCACAAAAAAGAAAAGGAAGAAAGGGCUGAUCUCUCAGCCGAGCUUGAAAAAGUACGGGAACAGAAAUUAGUCAUUGAGCAGAGGGCUAUCAAGUUUGAAGAUGAUUAUAAUCGAACACAAGAGUAUAACAAGAGUUUGCAACAGUAUAAUAGCAAGCUGCAAAGUGAUGUGAACACAAUGGAUGAGUCCCGGAAACGGGCAGAAAACGAGAAGCUGACUAUGGUUGAGAACCUUAGCAACUUGAGGGGUCACAAGAAGGCAUUGGAAGAUCAAUUGGCUUCACAUAAAGCUUCACUUGAUGAUGCUUUGAAGCAAAACGAAUGUCUUAGAGGACAAUUGCAAGAAGUUAGAGAUGAUCGUGAUCACCAUGUAAAAGAGAAUCAUGAUUUGAAGGCAGAGGUUGUGAAGCAUUUUGCAGAGCUAGAUAAAUUGGUCCGGAAAACUAAAGACUUGGAGGAGACAUGUUCAUCGCAAAUGAUGCAGGUAGAUUCACUAAAGAAUGAGAGAGAUCAAUUAAGGCAUGAAAGAGAUGUUUUAAAGCAGGAGCGUGAUGCUGCUCAUGAAAAAAUUGAGAUGUCUGAUUUAUCUGCUUCUGAAAUAAGCACAAGAUUUGAAUUGCAAAAGCGAGUCGAGCGCGAACUCCGUGAUCGAAUAGCUGAAUAUGAGCUGAAAAUUAUUGAAGGAGAUAGAUUAAGAAAAAAGCUCCACAAUGAUAUUCAGGAACUGAAAGGGAAUAUUCGAGUUUUCUGUCGUGUGCGACCAUUGCUACCUGAUGAUGCCACUGAAGUCCCAGUAAUUUCAUAUCCUACAUCAACAGAAGAUUUAGGUCGCAGCAUUGACUUAGUACAGAGUGGGCAAAAGUAUCACUUUACAUUUGAUAAAGUAUUUGAUCACGCGGCAUCACAAAAUGAUGUUUUUGAGGAAAUCUCCCAACUUGUACAAAGUGCACUCGACGGCUACAAGGUCUGCAUAUUCGCCUAUGGUCAAACGGGGUCUGGUAAAACAUAUACCAUGAUGGGUAGACCAGAAAAUCCAGACCAAAAGGGAUUGAUACCUCGGUCAGUAGACCAAAUAUUUCAAACUAGUCAAUCUCUUCAAGCCCAGGGCUGGAAGUAUACAAUGCAGGCUUCAAUGCUUGAGAUUUACAAUGAAACAAUCCGUGACUUGUUAUCAACAAAUCGACCAAGCGGUACAGAGUUGACAAGGACAGAGAGUGGUGUGGGCAAACAAUAUACCAUAAAGCAUGAUGUCAAUGGAAACACACACGUUUCUGAUUUAACUAUCAUUGAUGUUUGCAGUAAAAGGGAGAUUUCCUCUCUGUUACAACAGGCGGCUCAGAGUCGGUCUGUAGGAAAGACUCACAUGAACGAGCAGUCAUCAAGAAGCCAUCUUGUGUUCACUUUGCGUAUAACGGGUAUCAAUGAGAACACUGAACAACAAGUUCAAGGGGUCCUAAACCUUAUUGAUCUUGCUGGAAGUGAGCGAUUAUCAAGAAGUGGUGCCACUGGAGAACGUUUGAAGGAAACUCAGGCUAUUAAUAAAAGUCUGUCAUCCUUAAGCGAUGUGAUAAGUGCUCUGGCAAAGAAGGACGAUCAUAUUCCUUUUAGGAAUUCAAAGCUCACUUAUCUUCUCCAGCCUUGUCUAGGAGGGGACUCGAAGACUCUCAUGUUUGUCAACGUCUCUCCAGAUUCUACAUCAGUAGGAGAAUCUCUCUGUUCUCUCCGGUUUGCUCACAGGGUAAAUGCCUGUGAAAUUGGGGUUCCUCGGCGACAGACUACUGCACGGCCUACUACUUCAGAUUCUCGCUUGAGUUACGGCUGA